GAGACUGGCAACACUCACCGUUUUGUUUGGGUCUGCCGCGAUCUGCCUGGAUGUUGGCCGCCCGGGGAAGUGCAUCUAAAAUCUACUUCCUUGGCGGCAGCCGAGACUGAGUUCGUCUAUUAAAUAUUUAUCAGGGUAUAGGGAGGUAGAUUGGUGAUGGAUUCCGAGUGGAAGGAGAAAAGAAACAACGAGAGGGCGAAGGUUGAGGAAUUGUUUUGUUAUGAGGGUUGUAAAGUGGGACGAGGAACCUACGGGCACGUCUACAAGGCCAAGAGGAAGGACAGUUCUGACACCAAGGAGUAUGCUCUCAAGCAGAUCGAGGGAACAGGGCUGUCCAUGUCAGCAUGCAGAGAAAUAGCGUUGUUACGAGAGUUGAAACACCCAAAUGUCAUCAACUUGCAGCGAGUUUUCCUUUCUCAUGCUGACCGCAAGGUGUGGCUUCUUUUUGACUAUGCUGAACAUGAUCUUUGGCAUAUCAUCAAGUUCCACAGAGCAGCAAAAGCCAAUAAAAAGACAGUGCAGGUAACAAAAGGCAUGGUCAAGUCUCUCCUUUAUCAAAUUUUAGAUGGAAUUCGAUAUCUCCACUCGAACUGGGUCCUUCAUAGAGAUCUGAAACCUGCCAAUAUUCUGGUGAUGGGGGAAGGAACAGAGCGUGGCAGAGUGAAGAUAGCAGAUAUGGGUUUUGCUCGCCUCUUCAACUCUCCUUUGAAACCACUUGCUGACCUUGAUCCUGUGGUGGUGACUUUUUGGUACCGUGCUCCUGAGUUGCUUUUAGGAGCACGUCAUUACACUAAAGCAAUAGAUAUAUGGGCAAUUGGGUGCAUCUUUGCGGAAUUGCUAACGUCUGAACCUAUCUUCCAUUGUAGGCAAGAGGAUAUUAAAACCAGCAACCCUUACCAUCAUGAUCAACUGGACAGGAUCUUCAAUGUGAUGGGCUUUCCUCAGGAGAAGGACUGGGUGGACAUAAAGAAGAUGCCUGAACAUGGAACACUCAUGAAAGAUUUUAAAAAGAACAAUUAUUCAAGUUCUUCACUGGUUAAAUACAUGGACAGACAUAAGAUUAAGCCAGAUGGGAAGGCAUUUAUGUUGCUUCAGAAGUUGUUAACAAUGGAUCCCACCAAACGCAUCACCUCAGAAUUGGCAAUGCAGGAUCCUUACUUUCUGGAGGACCCACUCCCCACCCAAGACGUGUUUGCGGGUGGUCCAAUCCCUUAUCCUAAACGAGAAUUCCUGUCAGAUGAGGAACAGGAUGACAAGUCAGACAAUAAGAAAAAAGUUUUCAUGGAGCAGAGCUGGACAAACCAACAGAGAGCAGCUGCAACAAAGGGUGGAGGUGGUGGAGAGCCAGCGUCCAAAAGGGUGCGUCUAGGCCACCAUCAAAGUAGUAUUGGUGGCCAACAGAACUUCUCUCACAUGACACAACGGAAUCAUCCAAAUCAACAACAACAUCCAGGACAUGUUCAACAAGGAGGCAUGAUGAACUACACCAAUACCCAGCAGAGCAGCAACUUCAACCAGCGCUACUGAGGCACCACAGUAGACUGUUUCAACAUUCCAUGAUGGGUUUCACAAAUUUCAUCAAUUAAACAAUGGCAAUCCUUUGCCUGUGACUCUUUUCAAAUUAUUAUUGUUAUAAUUAUUAUAAUUGUAAUAGUAAUAAUAAUAAUUAUUAUUAUUUUUUAUUGUUUUUAGCCUUAUUAUUAUUAUUAUUAUUAUUAUUAUUAUUAUUAUUAUUAUUAUUAUUAUCAUUAUUACUUUAUUUAUUAAAUUCUUCUGUGUUGUUGAGAUAUACAUGAGAGAGAGAGAGAGAGAGAGAGAGAGAGAGAGAGAGAGAGAGAUGAAAUUUCAUGCUUAAUAAGAUUCAUUGAUCUGUUUUUAUGAUACUAUUUGAGUAGUAUAAUUAUAUAUGAUAAUACAAACCCAAAAAUUGUG